AUGUCAAGCGACGAUUACGCACGACAUCAGCAGCAACAUCAGAAGAGUUUGGCAGAUGGAGCCAUCAAGAUGGAGCCCACAAUAGGCAGAAGCGUUUCUUUUGGUGCUGCUGCCGCUGCUGCCACUGCCACUGCCGGUGGUGGUGGUGGUGAUGGUGGAAGCGCCAAGGCAAUGCGAGGAAAACCAACUAGUGCACUCCACAUGGAAGAGGAGAAGUACAUCGCUCUUCGUAAACGAAAUAACAUCGCUGUGCGAAAGUCGCGAGAGAAACAGCGGGCUAAGCAGAACGAGGUUAUCAAAACGCUCUCCAUCCUUAGAGACGAAAAUUCCAGCCUACAAUCAACAGUAGCGGCUCGAAUCCGUGAAUUAAACCUUUUAAACAGCCUCCUCAAACAGGUGAAACACGCGCCUCCAAAGCGCCUCUCAAAGAUCCUCAGUGCCUAUAACCUGGAGCAAGGCCCUGAUCUCUGUUCUGACAAUCCCAUCCUUCAAUCAUCUACAUCUUCUAGCUUUUCCCCUUCCUCCUCGCCUCACUCCAUUCCUUCCUCCUCAUCCGCAGCUAUUAGGCUCAUUUCUACUACUGCCUACAGACAACAGCAGUAG